GUGGAUAACUCUUCCUUGCCACUGAUAAAGCAGUUAUAUGAAAUCACAUCGUCUUACAAUGGAAUCGAAGAUCCUAACUUACCUGUGGAUCAUCAAUGGUUACCAGAUACUACAUACACUGCGAAAAAUCCUAAAACGAAUGUGCUGA